AUGUUGUGGUUAAUAGUAACUAUUUUUGCUAUUGUUAGCGCCUCCGACAACAAUCGAAUAAUUGGUGGCAAAUAUGCCAAUCCUGGCCAGUUUCCCCAUCAAGUAUCCUUACAACUGAAUGGUCGUCAUCAUUGUGGAGGAUCACUGAUUUCUGAAACUUAUAUCGUUACUGCUGCUCAUUGUACAAUCAAUCAGUCACCAAAUCAAAUGGUUGUUGUUGUUGGAACAAAUGACUUGAAAACAGCUGCAACUCGAGUACAAGUUUCCAAAUUCAUAAUUCAUCCACAAUACAAUCCACAAUCUCAAGAUUUUGACAUAUCUCUUGUUAUGUUAAACACUCCUGUGACAUUUGGUGAAAAUAUAAAAGCUAUUGAAAUGGCUGAUGUUGAUGCCAAUCAUCCGGCAGAUACUUUGGGAACAAUUAGCGGUUUUGGAGCUAUCAAUGGAAACUUGGAAUUGCCAAAUAUGUUAAAGUAUGCUCAAGUUCAAAUUUGGAGUCGUGAUUAUUGUAAUCCUAAAAAUAUUCCUGGCAUUACUGAUCGAAUGAUUUGUGCUGGACAUCCAAGUGGACAAGUGAGUUCGUGUCAAGGUGAUUCUGGAGGUCCUUUAACGGUCGACAAUAAACUAUUUGGAGUGGUUUCGUGGGGUUUUGGUUGUGGGUCGCCUGGCAAGCCAGCAAUGUACACUUUUGUUGGAGGUUUACGUCCAUGGAUUAAGCAGGUUUCAAAUGUUUGA